AUGGUGGUGCCCGGGAAUGCCCAGCUCAUCCAGCAGGACCGUGCUCUGGAGCCCGGCCUAGGACUGGGCCCCACGGGCAGCCCGGCCAUGGGCCCCGACACGGGCCCUGAGCCCGAGGAGGAGGUUGGCCCAGAGCUGGAGGAGGUGCGGAAGCUGCGGGAGCUGGUCAGGAGGCUGGAGCUGCAGAACCAGCACCCGAGAACCAAGAGCAGCAGGGGUGUGCUGGGGGCAAACGUGCAGGGCGAGCUCCAUCCCGGGGUGGGUCACCGUGGGGCUGGUCUGAACGGGAUGGAGAUCAACAACGGCAUCAACGUGAUCAGGGAGAAGCAAGAGCUGCAGAUCGUGGCUGAUCUGCACAAGCAGUUGAGCAAAAUAAGAAGAGAGGAAGGAGAGAACAACUGCCUGAAAAGAGGCCUGGAUGCCCACACGGGGUACAGCUGCAGCAGUGGCACUGAGGAGCUGGGAGCACAGACUGAGGAGAACACCAGGUGUGCUUUGCAUCUGGGGACAGGGGACAGCACAGAGCUUCUGGGGGACUUGGGCCUCCCAGGGGUUGGUUCCUCAGUUCAGAUAAAUGAACAGAAUCCCAGUGAAAAAUGUGGAGAUCUAGGAAGUCUUCCCAACAACACGGAGCUGGACGAAGUGAAAGUGCUAGAACUUGAAAACUGCAACGAGGAAGAAGACAGCUGGCUCUACGUGUCCCCAAGGAAAUCUGCCACAGAUCAGAAAACCAACUCGCCCCUGCAGUGGUGCCGGCAGGUGCUGGACAACCCCAGUCCUGAGACAGAGGCAGCCUGCAGAACCCUCCUCAGCAGGCUGGAUCAAGCCAGUAGGUGGAAAAACCUGUAUUGCAGUCCCCUGGCAUCACCAAGUGCACAUAAUUUGAAUACAGAGGCAGGCUCCUGUAGCAAUGCACUAAACUCUCCCGGGCAUCUCAAAUCGACUAACAAAGCACUACUAACCUGUGGCAGCUCAGGUUAUCUGAGCAUGCAUUCUGCUCUGAGCUCCCAGUCGUCCGUGGACAGCGAGCUGAGUACGUCCGAUGACUCCAUCUCCAUGGGCUAUAAGCUGCAGGACCUGACAGAUGUCCAGGUGAUGGCACGUCUCCAGGAGGAAAGUACCGGGAGCGUGGAGUCGGAGCUGCAGGGGCCCAGCACCCGCAUCCCCAGGACGCAGCAGCGCUCGGCAGGGGUCACCGUGGCAAAAAACGCGCCCGUCAAAGCACGCGCGGCCGUGGGGGGGAUCUCGGUGCCCAAGAGCAGGCACACACCUCCGGCCAAGAGGUUUCUGCAGACUGCUCAGGCUGCCGAGGACGACUCCUGGAAGGAGGGGUGUUACUGA